AUUAACACAAAUGCCACCAAACAGUUAGAUCAGCCAUCGUUGGGUCUCUUUGAUAGGGAUCUACUCAUGAAAGGUAUGAACGACUCGUCGGUCGCCGCUUAUUAUGAUCUGAUGGUGAAAAGCGCGGUACUAUUGGGUGGCCAACAGAAUACGGCUAAAAAGCAAAUGAUGGAAGUCUUGGAGUUUGAGACACUUCUGGCAAAUGUAUUCAUUGAAAUAACUUUAGCCAAUUAUAUAUUAUGGAGAAUCCUAUUCUCAAAGAUUGGUUCAUUGGGUGCCAAAUGGAGAAAUCUUGAGACUGAAUACGAGGCCAAAGUGGUGGGCAAACAGCGUCAGGAGCCCCGUUGGGAACAGUGUGUCUCUAUCGUGCAAUCGGCGGUUGGCAUCGGACUAAAUCUUGAGACUGAAUACGAGGCCAAAGUGGUGGGCAAACAGCGUCAGGAGCCCCGUUGGGAACAGUGUGUCUCUAUCGUGCAAUCAGCGGUUGGCAUCGGACUGUCAAACCUUUAUAUCAACAGAUAUUUUAAUAAUGACAACAAACAAAUGACUUUAGAUAUCGUAAAGAAUAUUAAAACAGAAUUUGAAGGAAUAUUACACGAAAUCGAUUGGAUGGAGACAAACACAUUAAGCCAUGCAUUGGAUAAAUUACAAAACAUGGAACUCAAAGUAGGCUUUCCCUCCGAAUUGAUGGACGACAAGAAAAUUAACAACUAUUAUAAAGAUCUACACAUAACUAAAGACAACUACUUUCAAAACCGUAUCAAUACUUACAAGUGGUUAACAGACUAUCAAUUCAAUCAACUCCGAGAACCUAACAACAAAAAUGAUUGGCGCAAAUACGCUGAGGUGACAGAAGUGAACGCCUAUUACUUCCCACAGGAGAACGCAAUGGUCAUACCGGCCGGCAUUCUUCAGGGGGUCUUCUAUAACAAGAAUAGACCGAAACAGUUUGACCUGAAGGGUCAGGUGAACAACUGGUGGGAUGAGUCUACGGAUCAGAAGUUCAAACUGAAGUCCCAGUGUAUUAUCGACCAAUACAGCAACUACACCGUGGAUGCCGUUGCCAUGAAUCUGAACGGAAUCAAUACUCAGGGUGAAAAUGUGGCCGACAAUGGGGGCAUUAAGCAGGCGUUCAGAGCCUACCAGACCUAUGUCAAGAAUAACGGCCCUGAACAAAUACUACCGGGACUUAAAUACAGUGCGGAACAGCUAUUUUGGAUCAGUUAUGGCAUACAGUCGUGCAGUAAAGAGAGUUCAGAGCACUUGAAGCUUAUGAUUGAAAUCGAUGCACACAGUCCAAACAAAUACUACCGGGACUUAAAUACAGUGCGGAACAGCUAUUUUGGAUCAGUUAUGGCAUACAGUCGUGCAGUAAAGAGAGUUCAGAGCACUUGA